UCUAGGCGGUAAUACCACGUAUAAGUCAUUGUAGUAAGCUGAAGGUUAAAAAAGUAAUUCAUCUUAUAACUCCGAACUUGCCUAAGCGAGUAAUAUUUAACAGUAUUUUCGUAUUACUAAUGGUGUUAUUGCGACUAAAAGCGCCACCUUGUCGCGUUGAUCUGAAGGUAACACCACUGGGGCGCAAGUCACCCGUUCAACACCUACCAAAUUCCACCUACCGAGUCGUUCUUGGUAGCCUUUCGGUGUCCGCGAAUGCAUGUUGUUCGUUACAAUGAACAAUCACCAGAACAGUGCGUAUAAUAGACGAUCAAAAUGAACAGCAUUGGCUACAAAUCGUCGGCCGGCGGCAACGCUUUCGUAGUUCUCACAAUGGAACCGAUUCCACGUGGUCUUCCUCCAACAGUACCGCUGUCGCCACCGCCACCACCACCACCACCACCUGUAAAUUUUGAUGUGUAUAAGACUCGACCGCGGAAACCAACUCGUAAAGAACGCACAGCUUUCGUCAUCUUGCCGGAACCACCACCAACACCGUCGUCCGGUGCACAAGCGACAGAAAAUGAUGUCACACCAUGUAGUGGACGAGUUAGCCCGUUCCGAGCGUACGGUUUCAAAACUCCAGAGGGAGGCCGCUCACGUGCUAGUAGUCCUCGGCCACUGAGACGCCAAGCGUCCGACACUCAAAUCUCGCAGAAAAAUAAAAAAACCAUCCCUGAUGCUCCGUCUUUAACAGACACUUCUAAACGGUUAUCAGUGUCUACUAAAGACCUUACCACUUCGUCGCGAGCCGCCACUAUUCCUACUGCAACGUCGACGCCUAAACUUGUGAAAAAACCUGUGCCGCUGUCUCGUAAACCCCCGGCGUCUCCGUCCCGCUCUAAGGCACCUCAGUUUUCACCAAAAUCGCCGUUACCACCUCGAUCUGAUUCGCCAUCGCAUAAAUCUAGAGUGCGACCGAAUAAACCUCCAGUGCCACUCAAGUCUACAUCGGUGUCGAAAUCUCCAGCAAAACGCAAUGAACAUUUGGCUACCGGAAUGCCCAUUAAAUCACCGACUAAACCAAAAUCACAAGUGCAAGCUGUUACAACCAACGUUGCUCAAAAGCGCUCGUCUCCUGUGAAAUCGCCGCGCCCCAUUAAAAAAUUGGCACCGGCAUCAGUGCGCCCCGAAGUUACUAAGCCGACUGUGAAAUCCGAUCAACCGAUUCCGUCCGUCAAGUCUGAUCUUCCGAUUGCAAUACCGUCAACCACCGUCAGUACAACGCCAAUAGACACAAACGCAAAUGCGGUCUUGUCCGAAACAAUCACUCGAACGGCAGUUAUACCGGUCACGGCUACUCCAAUGUCGGCAGCUGCAAUCACUCGAUCCAUCGCUGUAACUAAUUCUGAACAGGCAGUUACAACGACCGCCACAGCGACCGACGCUCCUCUAUCGCCGUUGACCACCGCCGGAACUUUACCGGCACACACCUCAACCACCAUUACCAUCUCCGACCAACGAUCUUCUGUCAUGCGACCGGCUGGGAGUUUUUCAUUGACGACGACUGCGACUUGGACAUCUACUACUUCUACCAUUACGACCACAGCGACCACUAUCACAGCUCCAUCAAAACCUAAGCCAACUGACAAGCCGCCAGCCUCAGAAACAACAAUCACUCCUUCACUUUCCUAUGUUAUGCGCGGAAUUAAAAUGAACCCGGAAGCUUUAAAUCAGAGUGGUGCCGGCCAAAAUGCUACAACGGCAACACUGAUGGGCGUAACGGCGGCCUUACGCAAGACGUCAACUACCAACGGCCAUAAAUCUGUUGCUUGGGCAAGGCAAUCGGAUAAAAUAAUCGAGCCAGAACCGAAAGUAAAACCAUCGUGCUGCGGUCGGUUUGUGCGUAAAUUUUGCUGCGUUUUCAAGUGUUGUCCGACCUGUGAGUGUGGCAGAAAAUGUUGUGGGUCAGUUGAAAGAUGUGCGUCCGUAUGGAAAAGACGACCUCGGUUUUGCUGGGGAUCGAGUAAGUCGGCUAUCAACGAUAGGAGAUGCUCUAGUUGUUGGCCUUGUCGCUAUUUCCAACGCCUUUUCUGUUGCUACAAGAAACCGCCUUCCAAAGACUGCGAACAAGGAGUCAAUGAUGACACUUCCGAGGAUUUAGCAACUCCUUCUACGUUUGUUGAAAAAUUGAAGUUAUGUUUAUCUACACUUUGUUGUUGCUGCUGUUGUUGCUAUUCUUCUUCCUCUAUUAGCAACAAACCAUCUACACAGUCCUGGUUCCGACGGUGCUGUUGCUACUAUCGACACCAAGGCGAUACUCCCAUUAGAUCGGGUUAUCGAAGAAGGAAAAGUUUAUUCAGCUGUUCAAAUAUACCAAAAUUGGACCCGGCUUUUGUAGAUCAUUCGUCAGUAAUGAGAGGUGCCAUACCAGUGCUUCCUUUAGUGAUGGCUUGGAUAUGUUUGGUAUUAAACGUUAUUUUACCAGGAGCUGGAACUUUUUUCAGUGGAGUAUUUUGUCUGUGUACGGGGAAACCGCGAUUUUCCAUUAAUGACACACUUCAAUCAAGGAUGGGCGCGUUUCUUGUUAACGCUAUCGUAGCAUUCUCUCAGUUAUUUACAAUUUUGUUCUGCUUGGUCGGCUGGGGAUGGAGUAUUUGGUGGGGCGUGAUAAUGAUUAAAAUGGCCAAAAAAUACCAAAAAGUAAAAAUCACAGAACAGUCUGAUCCAGUUACACCAACUUCGGUAGAUCACAAUCACAUGGAUAUGAUCUAAAUAAAUAAAUCGUAGUAAGAAAAAAAAAACUAAAGGCAUUUAUUUUUCAAUUUAUCUUUUAUACUACAUGUUUUAUUAAAUUUGUUACUUAAAAAAUGUGUAAUUUAUUCUUAUAAUUAUUAAAUGUUUAUCUAUAAUAAUAAUACCAAUAGAUAAUAAAUAAUUAUUAUCUAUAAUAUGACACGGCCACGGCGUUGUCACACGUUGACACCCCGCGGUCGUGUCAGCUCCUUCUCAGCCACCGCUUAACUGUAAACCGGACCGUCACACACACGCGUUAUCGUCGUGGUGUAAAGUCCAUCAAAUGCCUAGCGUCGGAUACCCCGCCGCAAUAAUACGUCGAGUCAGUCAUCUUCGUGACACCUAACACUUUGGUUGCAUCGUCCGCGAACUCAACUCAAUCGCCACCGCAAAUUCGGUCAUCUGUGUUUAUUGUGUCGACGGAUUUUUAGUAUUGUUAUCAUUGUUACUUUUGGUUCGCACUCGAUUUUUUUUGUUUUUCGGUGUUACAAUUCUUGUUUUUUUUUUCUUAAUAAACGGCUCGACGCCCCUUAGAAAAACUA